CCUCCCAAGGCUCUGAACUCUGCAAGUUUGUUUGCUUGUCAGGGGUUGGAGCACGGUCACCUAUGACUCUGAUGGGAUUCCUCUUCCUAAAACCUAGAACCGAUAUGGGCCAUCUUCAUGGAGUUAUGCCACCUGAGGUGUUGGAGUUGAGAAGUAAUUCGAGAGGCCAGCUAGAUGAACCGGGAUACUCCCCCAGCCAGUGAAGCCUUCCAGGGAUUCUUUUCACAUGGAUCUGCUUUUGGCUAACUCCUGUUUUUUAUAAGGCCAAGAUUCAAAUGGUUUAUUUGGGUUUGACAAAAGCUAACCAUAAGUCCAAUAUUGUUCAAAGUUUUUCAGGUUCAGUAUGACCCAUCGACUCUGGUAGCCAGUCAGGAACUACCUCUCAGCAGCUCUCAAUAACUGAAUAUCUGUAACACAUCAGAGUUAAGGCAGACGACAUGCCCACUGUUUUCUGCAUCGGUAUAUCUGAAGAGUACGAUGCUACCUUUGACUAGGAAAAAGUAGCGCUUAAUCUUAGAACUGGUGACUUAUGAAUUAUACUCCCCGAUCUCUUAUGAACUAUAAUGUUGGGAAAUAAUAUACAUUCCUUUUUUAUUGUUCAAGUUACCAGCAAAUGUUUUGCUGCCACAAUUAAGCGUGCAUGACUUCUAUCCACUUUAAGAUGCUCUCAGAUCUUCCUUCACCGGUCGGCGUUCACCUGUCCUCAUUGUUCAGCUUCAGAGGAAGAUACUAUGAGUAGUAACACAUCCGAUUUAAAUUCUUACAUUCUUCUCUUCACUGUCUGAUAUGAAAUAUGCCAGGAAGCAGGAAGAGAGAAAAGAGAAGGAUAUGGGUAAUCCAGACUGGGUGAACGAUGCAAAGCUACCUACAGCAUAGUCUGAAGAUAAUUCCCUGACUUGAAAUUUCUCAGGAUUUCUCUUCCCUUUUCAAAGUACAAUAUUCAAAGAUAAGGCGCUCUGAAAGCCCAGGCUGAAAAUAACUACUGUCGUAAAGUCCCAUUAUUUCGGGAUCUGCCUGAAGUAGUGUGGUCAUAGCCUCUCCAAGAUCAGAAAUAGAGUUUUGAUUCUGGAUCCCAUCUUUUCGUUGUAGGUUUACCUGAACUUGAAGGAAGGAAAAAAAAUGUCGCCACUUCUGAGAAGCAUCUUCGAUAUCACCGAGAUUUUCAAUCAAUAUGCCUCGCACGAUUGUGAUGGGGCAGCUCUGUGCAAGAAAGACCUGAAGACCCUCCUUGAAAGGGAAUUUGGAGCUGUCCUUCAGAGGCCACAUGACCCUGAGACGGUGGAUCUGAUCCUGGAACUUCUGGAUCGCGACUCUAACGGGCUCAUCGACUUCAAAGAGUUCCUGCUGUUCAUUUUCAAGGUGGCUCAGGCUUGUUAUUACGCUCUCGCCCAGGCCUCGGGGCUAGAGGAGGGCGCCAGGCGUGAAGGCGAGGGCAGCCCGUUGCAGGAUCGCUGGCAAGAAGAAGAGCCGAGGCGGUUCGAGCCCCGGGACCGACAGCUGGAAGAGGCGCGCAGGCAGAAGAGGCAGGAGCGCGACAGGGAGCUCGCUCGGGAAGAGCAGAGGCUGGCGCAGCGGCUGCCACGGCGAGAAGCGGAGGAAGCGGGCCGAGGGGAGGGGGCCGAGCCGCUGCAGAGGCGCCAGGCGCGGGCGCCCGAGCGGGUUCCCGACCAGGAGCGGGGGCGAGAGAAGCGGCCGCUGCGGGAGCUCCAGCGCCUUGAGGACGCGCAGCGCCAGCGCCGGGAAGAGGAGCAGCUGCCCCGGCGGGAGCGGCAGGAGCUGGAGAGGGAGCGGCUGGAGGAGGAGCCGCAGCUGCAGAGGCGCGGGCGCCAGGAGCCGCGCUCGGAGCAGGAGAGGCGCGAGCAGCGGGAGAGGCGCGGGGGGCAGCCGAGGAGCGAGCAGGAGCCGCGAUCCGAGCAGAAGCUGCGGCGCGAGCAGGAGCGGCGCCUGGAGCAGGAAUCGCGCCUGGAGCAGGAGAGGCGCGAGCAGCAGGAGAGGCGCGAGCAGGAGCCGCGAUCCGAGCAGAAGCUGCGGCGCGAACAGGAGCCGCGGCGCGAACAGGAGACGCGCUUGGAGCAGGAGAGGCGCGAGCAGCGGGAGAGGCGCGAGCAGAAGCUGCGGCGCGAGCAGGAGCGGCGCUUGGAGCAGGAGCCGCGCCUGGAGCAGAAGAGGCGCGAGCAACAGGAGAGGCGCGAGCAGGAGGGAGAGAAGAAGAAGAAGGAGGAGGAGGAAGGAAGGAAGCAGCAGUACCUCGAGGAGGAGGAGGAGGAGGAGGAGGAAGAGGAAGAGGAAGAAAAGAAGGUGCAGCGCGGGGACAGGAAGCGGCCGUUCGGGGAUGAGGAUCAGCGCCGUGAUCUGAAAUGGCAGGGGCGACGAGAAAAAGAAAAUGAAGGUCGUAACGACGAGGUUUACACCAAACGCGCGGAGACCGAAGAAAAGAUCCGGCAGUUGGAAGACUCCCAGGUGCGCGAGAGACGAUUCCAGCAGGAUCCGUGGCCCCUGCAGGAUGAGCAGGAGGAGGGAGCGAGAGAACAGGAGAGGAAGAGCUGGCGGCAGCGCGACAGGCGAUUCCCAGACGAAGCGCUGCGGGAGCGAGAGGAGCAAAAGGAAGCCAAAAGGCGAGACAGGAAGUUUCCAGAGGAAGAGCAGCUGCUGAAGGAGGAAAGAGGAGAGAAAAGACGCCUUCGGGAAGAAGACAGCAAGUUCCGCGAGGAGGAGCAGCAGCUGCGUCGCCAGGGGCGUGAGCAACAGCUUCGCCAGGAACAGCAGCUGCGGCGCCAGGAGCGCGACAGACAGUUCCAAAAGGAGGAACAGCAGCUGCGGCGCCAGGAGCGCGACAGACAGUUCCAAAAGGAGGAACAGCAGCUGCGGCGCCAGGAGCGCGACAGACAGUUCCAAAAGGAGGAACAGCAGCUGCGGCGCCAGGAGCGCGACAGACAGUUCCAAAAGGAGGAACAGCAGCUGCGGCGCCAGGAGCGCGACAGACAGUUCCAAAAGGAGGAACAGCAGCUGCGGCGCCAGGAGCGCGACAGACAGUUCCAAAAGGAGGAACAGCAGCUGCGGCGCCAGGAGCGCGACAGACAGUUCCAAAAGGAGGAACAGCAGCUGCGGCGCCAGGAGCGCGACAGACAGUUCCAAAAGGAGGAACAGCAGCUGCGGCGCCAGGAGCGCGACAGACAGUUCCAAAAGGAGGAACAGCAGCUGCGGCGCCAGGAGCGCGACAGACAGUUCCAAAAGGAGGAACAGCAGCUGCGGCGCCAGGAGCGCGACAGACAGUUCCAAAAGGAGGAACAGCAGCUGCGGCGCCAGGAGCGCGACAGACAGUUCCAAAAGGAGGAACAGCAGCUGCGGCGCCAGGAGCGCGACAGACAGUUCCAAAAGGAGGAACAGCAGCUGCGGCGCCAGGAGCGCGACAGACAGUUCCAAAAGGAGGAACAGCAGCUGCGGCGCCAGGAGCGCGACAGACAGUUCCAAAAGGAGGAACAGCAGCUGCGGCGCCAGGAGCGCGACAGACAGUUCCAAAAGGAGGAACAGCAGCUGCGGCGCCAGGAGCGCGACAGACAGUUCCAAAAGGAGGAACAGCAGCUGCGGCGCCAGGAGCGCGACAGACAGUUCCAAAAGGAGGAACAGCAGCUGCGGCGCCAGGAGCGCGACAGACAGUUCCAAAAGGAGGAACAGCAGCUGCGGCGCCAGGAGCGCGACAGACAGUUCCAAAAGGAGGAACAGCAGCUGCGGCGCCAGGAGCGCGACAGACAGUUCCAAAAGGAGGAACAGCAGCUGCGGCGCCAGGAGCGCGACAGACAGUUCCAAAAGGAGGAACAGCAGCUGCGGCGCCAGGAGCGCGACAGACAGUUCCAAAAGGAGGAACAGCAGCUGCGGCGCCAGGAGCGCGACAGACAGUUCCAAAAGGAGGAACAGCAGCUGCGGCGCCAGGAGCGCGACAGACAGUUCCAAAAGGAGGAACAGCAGCUGCGGCGCCAGGAGCGCGACAGACAGUUCCAAAAGGAGGAACAGCAGCUGCGGCGCCAGGAGCGCGACAGACAGUUCCAAAAGGAGGAACAGCAGCUGCGUCGCCAGGAGCGCGACAGACAGUUCCAAGAGGAGGAACAGCAGCUGCGUCGCCAGGAGCGCGACAGACAGUUCCAAGAGGAGCCGCAGGAACGGGACGCGCAGCUCCGCGGGGAGGAGGAGCAGCUGCAGCGCGGACAGCGGUCGGAGCUGAGGCGCCGGCAGCAGCGGGACCGGCGGUACCCGGCGGAGGAGCAGUUUGCGCGCGAGGAGAAGAGGCGUCGUGAGGGACAGGACCUGCGGCAAGAAGAGCAGGAGGAGGCGCAGAGGCGCCGCCAAGUCUGGGAGGAAAGCGACAAGGGCGGUCAGCAGGUCCCCGAGCCCGGCAAGCGUCAGUUCGCCCGCGCCCCGGUGCGCUCCAGCCCUCUCUACGAGUACAUCCAGGAGCAGAGAUCCCAAUACCGUCCUUGAGAGGCUGCCGCACCCCGACACCUGCCAAAGCUUCCGCAGGGGAGAGUGGCCAACACUGGGUACCAAAUGACUCAAAUGUUUCUGGUUGUGGGGAAACUCUGAUGUUAGAAUAUGUCUUUUUUCCAAAAUCUUAAACUAUAAUACUUUGUACUUCUGCCUUUUAUUCUUCCUCAAGUAGUUCUUCACUGCAAAAUGUCUUUGCUCUUUGGUGCAAAC